CUUCUUUCGAAUUUUGGGAGACACGCACACACGCACGAGCCAAGUCAAUAUCAUGCUACGUGUACAGGUAGUAGACGACGACGACGACGACGACGACGGCGGCAACGACACUCACACAGGCGCGCGCGUCGGCCACACGCACGCGACACGGACAUGUAUUUCGAAAACAGUAAUUUUUGCGCACGUGCCACGUGAAUUUUUCGUCCAGCCCCGACACCCGCGUCUUUUUUACGAAUAACCGUCGAAAGUCGGAUAUUUUGACACGCUUGUUCGUCGUUCGCUAUCGACGUACGUGAUCACAGUGUUUCUUAUGGUGAUCGGUCAGGUUGAUGCUCCCUUUGUCGUGAGUGCAAAUUCGAUUCUUAACCAUUGGUAUCGUUGAUCGUUCUACCUGGAAUCGCGUGUGACGUGCGUCCAUAGAAUCGAGAUCUGUCGUACAAUCAUGAUCGAAUCAUGUUUAGACAAAAUAAGACGAUACGUAACGCGAGCAUCGAUGAAUAUGUAACGUUCGAAGGGGAGAAGUAAUACGUGCCGUAAGCUGUGUACAACGGAAUAUGUAGGAUUAAUUAAAUAAAUAUUAUAAAAAGAUUGGUGACGCGUUUAACCAAUAACGCCUGUGGAGAGUAUAUUUUAAGAGAAAUUUGAUAUUGGGUAUUUAGAAAAAUGACAGUUGGCGUAGAUGUAGAUGAUAGUAUCUGUAUCGCGUGCACAUUCUGUCUAAGGCCAAGAAGGAGUAUCAGCUUAAAGAGGUAAAGGUAACGAGUGAUCAUUGAAGAUAGGGAUAAGAUCAGAAGUGAUAGAAGAAUGUGCAAUUAGAUUAUACGGCUAGAGGAUGAAGAACGCCAGAGCUAAAGAGACAGAGGAGCAGGCAGCAAUUAGAAGAAUGCAGGAAGCUCAACGUAUGGCCAGGCAUCGUGCUAAGAAGAAGCGUUGCUUGGACGAGAAUUUGGCAAGGGAGAUCUCUAAGAUAGCCGAACUCUCCAAAAGGCCGGACGCUGCAACUCUGGUUCAAAUGUCCGAGAUGAAUAUAAAUAAAAUAUCCGCGGAACUGAAACAGAUGAUGGAGAGAGGAAAAGUGCCCGAGCACAUAGUUCAAAUGGCACAGCUCGCGGAGUUCAGCAAGAUGACUGAAUUGAACAAAAUGUCCCAGGACAUGGCUAAGAGAUACGAGAUGGAGAAGAUGGCCGAAUACGCGAAGACGAGUGAGUAUAUGAAAAUGCAGGAGAUCGCGAAGAUGUCUGAGAUCGCCAAGAUGAACGAGAUGGUGAAACUGUCGGAGAUGGCCAAGUACAACGACAUCACGAAAAUGAACGAGAUCGCUAAGAUGAACGAGAUGAUGAAGAUGUCUCAGAUGGCCAAGAUCAACGAGGUUCAAAGAAUGAACGAGAUAGCGAAGCUGAACGAGAUGGUGAAGAUGACUGAGAUGGCCAAAUACAAUAACGACAUAACAAAGUUGAACGAGAUCGCACAGAUCAACGAAAUGGCAAAGGAAAUCGCGAAGAUGAACGAGAAAACGAAGAUGAACGAAAUGAUAAAAAUGGCAAACAUGCAGAACGACAUCACGAAGAUGCCUGAGUAUUCGAAGAUGGCAGAGAUGGCUAAACUAACCGAGUUAGCCAAAUUGAACGAGAUAACGAUAACGAAACUGAGCGACCCGCCGCCGUCGAAGGUGCCGGAAAUCCCUCGCAUCCCCGAGCCUGUGAUCACCGUGCCAAACCCGAGGAAUCUGCAGAACGUUCAGAACGUACAGACCGUUCAAGUAGCGCAGGCCAGCCCUUCCAGUACGAUUAACUUCCCCACCGUGCCCGGUCAAGGAAAGUACGCUCAGUUACUGGUGAUUAUCGAGGAACUCGGAAGAGACAUUCGCCUUUCUUACGCCGGGAGUCGCAGCGCGGCCGAACGUUUGAAAAUGGGCAUUCAACACGCCAGGAUUCUCGUACGAGAAUGUCUACUGGAAACGGAACAUAACGCGCGGCAAUGAUCUGCCGACAUACUUAGCGAUUAGAUUUUUAGUCGAUUAUUUUAUAAAACAAGCUAUGUACAUUGUAUGAAGUACAGCAGUAUAUUUUAAAGGGAGUGUCUUAGCAUCCACGAGGAGGUACGCGUUUACGAUUUAUUGUUUCACGUUUUAUACGAUCUCGUCGAAUGCACAUUUGAUAAAACCGAUCCUCGAUCGGAUGAUACGACAUUAUUUUUCGUAAUAAUCAAAUUAUGCAUCGUGCACUUCAGUGGAUGCCCAAAGAAUCGUUGCGUAGCGCAUAAUAUUGGAUACAUUUUAAUUGAAAGAACGUUCGUUUGUUUUCUUUCAUCGUUUCAUUCGUUUCUUUCUUUCUAGAGAGAAUAUGUAAAGACCACUAUUUUCUACGUGUAGAUUCGAAUUGCCGAGGGAAAACUGUUCCUCGUUACGUUUUGAUUUAGCGCAUAGGAAAAGAUAACGUUAGGCAGGCACUUGUCUGUUUAUAUUUUAUAAGGAAAAUGUAUCGCAUUUUUUGGUUACUAUGGGUACCUAGCAAUUACAUACGACAGUAUACACUACACACGCAGGAAAAAGUUGAUCAAACAAAUUGUACCUACGGAAAGUAUAAUCCUUGAAUAUAACUGAACUAUGAGGUAUAUCUAAAUAAAAAUGCAAUUUUCUACAA